UAAUAUUUAUACUAGACUUAACCCUAAGAGGAAAAUACGGACCCCUCCAAGAUUCCGUGUAGGUAAAUAAUAAGCAAUUAAUUCAAGACUUGGGUCUGACUUUGCAGCCUUUCCAGUGAGCGAACAAUGGUUAUAUAUGAUCCGAGCAACUCUGUGAAACGAAAUUAUGCACAGGAGCAUACACGUGGCAGUGCUCAAAACCCAGAGGACAGAAAUAUCUUUGGCCACGGCAGAGAACUGUUUGAGAGCGCUUCUAUUUUGCAGAUUUUGUUCCCAUAAACAUUAGAGGGAGAAAGGGGAGCAGCAGGGAGCAAGAAAGACCGGUGGUGCCAUGCCGGGCUCCCGCCUGAGCCCCUGCCCCUGAUUUGUGUUUGGGGAGCAUGGGAUGGGAGUGGGGGACAGGUUGUGUAGCUUCUCCCAACAGCAAGAGCAUUCCUGGCUUUAUUAGCAGCUUUCAGCUGGCAGCCAACGCUGCUUUAAUUUAAUACUAAUGCUUUUUUGAUGAAUUGUUGCUUAGUCUGUUUUGAAUACUUUCUGCAUGACUAAUUAAUGUACCGAAAUGAAUAAAAUUGCAUUGUGAAGCUUUACGCCGGUAUGUACAACCGGCUGGUAGUCACGGCUCUUCUUCAAUAUUUUAUCUAAUCUUUGCAUUCUCAAGGACGGGGGCAUUGCUUGUUAUCUAAAAGCCACUUAACUGAGCUAAAACGUGAUGUCAUGCUUCUCUAAGUAUCUGUAGGUAUUUAUGUUCGGUCUGUUGAGAAACAGACGUGAAUAUAGCGAGAUAUACGUAAUUACAUUCUUUUCACGAUAACAAAACCCACUUGAAAUUGGCAAGAGAUGAAAACCUGCAGCCUCAUACAUGGAGUUUUGCUUGAGUAAAGCGUUCUUGUAACAUUAUGCUGGGAUCAACCGGAAUGAUUCAUCGCUGGAAAGACACUCCCAGCUGGAGAAGAUAGUUAGAAAUCACUCGCUAUUGACCCCUGCGAAGAGCGGCAUCAGCCCCUCGGAGCGGAAAAGCUGCCGGGAUAAGCAUCUAAUUUUUAAUGAAGCAUGGAAGAAAACUAGAGCUCAGCACAAUCCGUGCCCGGCGAAGAUCCUAAUCUUCCCUUCCCAACAGAGGAGAGCUGCAGCGGGAACCCUCGUUCCAUGAACAAGCAGCGUGGCUGCCGCUGGCCCCGGGAGGGAGGUGUGCCGAGCCCGCCGGGCGAUGGGAGCCGGGCGGAGGUAGAGGCCAGCGGCCGGCUGGGCUGCAGCACCCCGGGGAGCACCCCAAGGGGACAGCCCCGGGGUCCCCCGUCCGCCGGCUCCGCUGAGGGCGCGAUGGAAACCCCCUGAACGACGAGGCAGGAAGCGCACGGUGCGAAGGUGAGGGUUUUCGGCCGCCGCAUGAGUACGGCUUCGCCCGGCGAUGGCCUCGCAGCCCACGCCGGCGUGGGUGCUGCUGCUCAGCCUGCUGGCCGGCUGCCUGCCAGCCGCGCAGCCCAGGGACUUCACCGUGAAGGACAUCGUCUACCUCCACCCUUCCACCACACCGUAUCCUCAUGGAUUUAAGUGUUUCACCUGUGAAAAGGCAGCAGAUAAUUAUGAAUGCAACCGAUGGGCUCCGGAUGUCUAUUGCCCAAGAGGUACAAGAUACUGCUUUAGCCAACACAUGAUGAAAGUCACUGGAGAAAGUGUAUCUGUCACCAAACGCUGCGUACCGUUAGAGGACUGCCUGUCUACGGGAUGCACCUAUGUAAAGCAUGAAGAAUACAAGAUCUGCACCUCCUGCUGCGAAGGAAGCAUCUGCAACUUGCCACUACCCAGGAACACAACAGACGCCGUAUUUACAACCCUCUCCCCCCUCAACAAAACACAGCGACUUUCACAGCCCGUCCUGCUGACAACGGCGUGUCUCUGGCUGGGGUUGAUGUCACAGCACUGGGUGGCGAUGCCACGCGGGGCGAGCCCGGACAGCUGAGCGGGGGCGAGAGCAUCUGCGCAAACGGGCCACCUCUCCCCACGGAGCCUGCGCUUUGGAGUUGCCUUUGCAAGACUGAUUUUCCUCCUGAUUUCUUGGUAACGAUGAGCUAGUGAGCCUGGGACGCAGGUGCAUUUGAAGGGAGUAAAACCGUCACGGUUCUCUACUGUUUUCUGAAGAAACUUAUGCGAAAAUGUUCCCAGAGUCCAUGGCUGGGACCGAUGCCUAUGGUCUUCUUAGUGUCCUUUCUCCAUGAAGAAAUGUUAUUUAGAACUACGGUGUCACUGCCAGCUGCUAGUAUCAUCACUUACUCAUUUAAAACUUCAUUAUAAUUUGUCAGAGCACUAAUGCCUGUGUCUCUUUAACCUGUUUUGAGAACAUAUGGUGAAUAACAUAUAGUCAGUAUGCCUUUGCAGUCUCCCCAGGCCUCCUGCUCCUCUCGGAGAGGGCAGGAGUUCGUAGCACGGCAGCAGUAGCUGGAAGGGAUGAGGUCAAGGGAGCAGCAGCAGCUUGGCUCAGGCCAGCGCCACACACGGAUGCUUCCUCCGAGGCUGUCCAGCAGCGGCAUGAAGAGCCACCCCCCCCGUAACAACGCAUGGUGGGAUGCACAGAAAAAUCACUUUGGUUUAGAAACCGAACCAGAAAAACUCUAAAAACCCUGUUGUUGAAGCAUAAUCAGAGGGGGGAGGUGGGUGUGCGCUCCUUGACCCUCUCGAGAGGAGGGAGGCGGAUGGCGAGCUAGCGGGUGCCCAGGUGGAGGUGCUGGUGCCUACCGAGCCAGGUUUUGGGGGCUUUACCUGUGGUCAUAUUUUGGCACCCAGUCCUACAGCAUGAGAAAGAGAUGAUCCUGAAUAGCUUCUGUUAUUUUAUUUACUGCACUCCCACGACAGAGUAUGGACUAAUACUAGCUGCAGCUGUAUUUUGGUGACUUGUGUUGCUUGGUUUGCUCGGAUAUCAUGGAUGCAAUAUUUAUUUUUCUAUGUUGAGUAGGGUCUAAAGUGUUUAAAAGAUUCUUAAUACUGCUAUUGCCAAGGAAAAUGGUUGUUUUGCAAGUGGGUAAAUAUAUAAAUUAUCAUAAAUAUAUAUAAAAAUUAUUUUGCAUCACUGUUGAAAAAGAAUUAGCUUUGUUUUGCAGGGUCAGUAAUAAAAUCAGGGUGUCCAUGGACUUGUUUUAAAGUUAAACCAAACUUUAUAAUUAAUUUUUUGUUUGUUUUUUAAAAAAACACACUAUAGUAAUAAAUUGUUCUUUUAUGA